CCUCCACAUAAUCUCUCUGUCUUCCCAUUUUCCUUUCCUCCUUCUCUCUCUACUCUCUCCCUCAUGAUUCCAGAGCUCGAGAAACCCAAGAUCACUGAGAUCAAGGUCCGGAUGGACUGUAAUGGGUGUGUUCAAAAGAUCAAGAAAGCAUUAUAUGGGAUCAAUGGCAUUUACGAUCUCUACAUAGACUUUCCUCAGCAGAAAUUGACCAUCAUUGGUUGGGCUGAUCCUGACAAGAUCAUGAAAGCUAUUAAGAAAACCAGGAAGAUUGCCACCAUCUGUUCCGAUCCCGAACAGCCCACGGAUCCUCAUGCUGCUGCCCAACCGCCGGAUCAUCAUCCGCCGCAGCAUCACGGUGGCGAAACGGCCAAUAUUCCAUCGCACGAGGUGGUGGUUGUGGGUGGGUCCAAUGGAAAUUCACACACUGAAAUAACACCAGGGCACGUGGUCGUCCACGAAACGCAUUCGGGCUCACACUCUGAUCCGACCGUCAUGACCCAGCCUCAUGGGUUGCAUGAGACUGGACAGGUCCAUGUCACCCACCAUCAGCCACCAGAACACGGCCAUGUCACUGUCCACCAAGCACCCGAACACGGCCACGUCACCUACCAUCAUGCACCUGAACACGGCCACGUCGUCCACCAUACCUCUGAGCCUGGCCACAUAGAUGAUAAUCGCCUGGAGAACAUUCUUGUAAAAGGUGAGACGUGGGAAUCUUGUAAAGUUGUAAACAUUUUAUGGCUUCAAUCCAAUGGCUUCGAAAUGUUACAGAAACAAUAA